AGGGCAAAGAUCAACAAGGGGGGCGGGGGAGCGAAAGCUUGGCCAGAAAGAGAGAAAGGCCACGGUCCCUUCGAAAAACCUCAACCAGGACUAGCUUCAUCCCCGUGAAGGUGUUUGAGGAAGAGUCUCAAGAUGAUCCGAGACUACCAGGAUCUGACCAUGACGUUUGACCCCGAAAAUGAGGACGCCCCACGGAUCAAAGCCCCUCCGAAGCUGCCCCAAAGCCGGACGUGGCUCCAACGGACUUUCCCCAGCCGGCGCCGAGUUCUAAUCCUGCUGGCUCUGAGCUUCGUCCUCACCAUCGCGGUGAUGGUCUUCGGCGUCAAAGGACAUUUUUACAACAUGGAGUUGAAGGAGACGCAGGAGAGCGUGAAGAGCCUCAAUGAAACAGUCGGGACGCAGUUUGCCAAGCUUCUGGGGAAGGAGAACGACGCGGAGAGAGAACUGAAGGAGACGGAAGUGAAAGUGAAGCAGUUGACGGAGGAGUCCAACAGAGCCACGACCCACCUCCUAAACCAGCUGAAGGAGCUGCGGAGGAAUAACAUUGCCCUCAAUUGUGACUUCCAGGAUUUCAAGCUCAACCGGACAGGCCGGACGGAGGCCUGUUGUCCCAGAGGAUGGGAUGCAUUUCGGAAAAGCUGCUACUGGGAAAACCUAGUGGGGACGUCGUGGCAGGACGCCAAAGCCGAGUGCGAAAGCUUCGAUGCUCACCUGGUGAUCAUCAACUCCUACGAGGAGCAGCAAUUCGUGGCGAUCCGUGUCAAGCCCAACUAUAUGUGGAUCGGAUUGACGGACAGUAGCGGCAGCUGGAAGUGGGUCGACAAUUCGCCCUACACAAUGGUGUCACGGGACUGGUGCCCAGAACAACCGGACAACUGGUACGACCACGAACUGGGGGGCCCGGAAGAUUGCGCCCACCUCCACCGGAACGGCUGCUGGAACGAUGACCACUGUAGCCGGCUCUACGGCUUCAUCUGCGAGUUGGAGAUGAAUAAUUAAGGGAGGGGACCGGGAAGCCCACCCACCCACCCAGAGGUUCCCCCCCCCCCAAGUGGACAAUCAACCAUCCUGGUUUAGAUGCUGGCUAGAUUCCUUGGUUCGCACUCAAGGUGGAAGCGGCCACCUUGAGACUCAGACUUCGACAACCUCCGUCCUUCCUCCCUCUGUUUCGGACUUUACAGUGAGUCCUCAACUUGCAACCAUUAGUGACGGUUCGAAGUUACGACGACACACACAAAAAAGAGGAUCAAAAUUCGUAGGCUCGGCAACUGGCAUGUACUUGUGCCUGUUGCAUUGUGCCCCCCCUUUUCCGACCUUUUUCAACCAGGAAGCUGGAGUCACUUCCCAGCCGUGGGACUCGCUGAACAGUGGCGGCGAUUCGCUUAGCAACGGCGGCCGGGAAAGUCGUACAAUGGGGCGGCGCUCACUUUACAACUGUCUCGCUUAGCGACCGAAAUGUUGGGCUGAAUGGUGUUAAGACACACACCACACACCCCAUGGUGCCCAGAUUCCCCAUUUUAAGUCAGGACAAUCAUAAAUCAAGGGAUGCAUUAUGACCGCAUCCAAUUUUAUGCCUUCUUUUUUUUUUUAUGUGACGGUCAUUAAGUGAGCCACAACGUGAAUGCCAUGAGUAAGGAAAUCAAUGUAUUCCUAUGUACAUAUUUGGCUGGAAACAGGGGGAAAUUAUGUCAUAAAGUGGGGCAGCCCAUCAAUUUUACAAACAAGGGUCGUAAGUAGCUUUCGGGGAGGUCCGUCGUAACUCUGAACCGUCGCUAAACUCAUUGGUCGUUAAGUCGAGGAUUACCUGCCUGCUUUGACUGCAAACUUAGCGCAACGGGGACAUUGGUCAGAGGUUCGAGUUACGUUUGACCUCUUCCCUGGCUAAGAGCGACCGUUGUGCUCAACAUCCAGCCUUGAUAUGUGUGUAUCUUUGAUGUAAACCAUGCAUUAAAGGAUUCCUCGAUCCACCAGA